CCCGCUCCUGUGUAAAGUUUCACCCAAGCACAUGACUGGCUUUAAUGGCUGCUGGUCGUUGGGGCGCGCGCUCUGGCUAGCACAACGUUCCGUUCCCUCCGCUCCUUCCUCCUCCCCCCCUCUUCUCUGUCCCAGUCCGCGCAGGAGCUGGGUUAGCGUAGCAAGCUGUUCUGUGUGACUUUGCAAAGCUGGAACCACGGCGUGCGUGUCUUUCUGUCGUUGUGGGAGAAAGGCUUGCUUCUUAGUCUCGGGUGGACGAGGGGUUAGGGGAGAGUUUUGUGCAUGUCUUAGAAACCAAAAAGAAGAAACAGAAAAGGGACCUGUCUCCAGCUCUGGCACCAACGUUUGGACUGGACCUACAUGCUUGUUUUGAAGGGUCUAAUCUGAGAGAAAGCUGCUUGAGAUACUUUUGAAACCUAGAGGUUCCCUUCUGCCUGAGCAGUCAACUUGUGGACGGAGCCUACCGCACACCCUUGGCUGGCCCCACAGAAAGGGGAGGCUGCAUUGAAUCAAGUUUUGGUGGUCCUGGAGCAGGGUUCCAUGGCAAUUGCUCCAUAUUCAGCUCCUAUGUGAAUCCCUUUGCGAAGGAUCAGGCUUGUGGAGAGUGCCAGCUAUGGCGAGCAAUAGCAGCUCCUGCUCCACACCGGGGAGUGGGCAUCUCAACAGCUACCCAGUCCCUCACUAUGCUUUCUUCUUUCCGCACAUGAUUGGGGGCCUGUCACCUCCAGGAGCUCUGCCAGGGAUGCAACACCAGCUGCCGGUCAGCGGAUACAGUACGCCAUCACCAGCCACCAUUGAAACGCAGAGUACCAGCUCAGAAGAGAUUGUGCCCAGCCCUCCUUCACCACCCCCACUGCCCCGAAUUUACAAGCCCUGCUUUGUGUGCCAGGAUAAGUCAUCUGGCUACCACUAUGGUGUCAGCGCCUGUGAAGGAUGCAAGGGCUUUUUCCGCCGCAGCAUCCAGAAGAACAUGGUAUAUACCUGUCACCGUGACAAGAACUGCAUCAUCAACAAAGUGACUCGAAACCGUUGUCAAUACUGCCGCCUACAGAAGUGCUUUGAAGUUGGCAUGUCCAAGGAGUCUGUCCGAAAUGACAGGAACAAGAAGAAGAAAGACACCCCAAAGCAGGAAUGUUCCGAGAGCUACGUCAUCACGCCUGAGGUGGAGGAUCUCAUAGAGAAAGUGCGCAAGGCCCACCAGGAGACCUUCCCUGCCCUCUGCCAGUUGGGCAAGUAUACCACGAAUAACAGUUCAGAUCAGCGGGUCUCUCUUGACAUCGACCUGUGGGACAAGUUCAGUGAAUUGUCCACAAAGUGCAUAAUCAAGACAGUUGAAUUCGCCAAGCAGUUGCCGGGUUUCACCACGCUCACAAUUGCUGACCAGAUCACACUCCUCAAAGCCGCCUGCCUAGACAUCCUGAUCCUGCGGAUAUGCACACGCUAUACCCCGGAACAGGACACCAUGACCUUUUCGGACGGCCUGACGCUCAACCGCACUCAGAUGCACAAUGCAGGCUUUGGGCCCCUCACAGACCUGGUCUUUGCCUUUGCCAACCAGCUGCUGCCGCUCGAGAUGGAUGAUGCUGAAACAGGACUCCUCAGCGCUAUCUGCCUCAUAUGUGGGGAUCGGCAAGACCUGGAACAACCGGACCGUGUGGAUAAAUUGCAGGAGCCGCUAUUGGAGGCCCUGAAAAUCUAUGUAAGGAACCGAAGGCCUAGCAAACCCCAUAUGUUCCCCAAAAUGCUGAUGAAGAUCACAGACCUGCGAAGCAUCAGCGCAAAGGGUGCUGAAAGGGUGAUCACGUUGAAAAUGGAGAUUCCUGGAUCUAUGCCACCACUAAUCCAGGAGAUGUUGGAGAACUCUGAAGGCAUGGACACUUUGGGGGCCUCAGCGGGAGCUCCUUCUCGUAUUGGUAGCCUACCCCCACCUCCAGGCAGCUGCAGCCCCAGCCUCUCGCUCAGUUCCAACAGAAGUAGUCCUGCCACACAUUCGCCAUGACCACACACUGGCCACUAGGACAAACUGCUUGACACCCCCGUCCUGCACCCUUUGGUCUUUUGUUCCCUGGGUGUGCCUGGACAAACGUCUGAGGAGCAGAGUUGGGGGCAAGAGGAAGCAAUGGGACAGCGUGCCGCUGCAAGCAUUCUCCCUGGCCACCCCUCCCCCACGGCACCAUAUAGGUUGCAGUUGGGCCUGAGAGGGAUGGGCUACAUGUACUGUUCCAUACCAGCAUGCUAUCUUUCGUUCAACAGUUCCAGCAAAAUAGGGUUCCACUUGCAACGAAGACCCAUUUUUCCCACUGGGAAGGCACAGAUCGUAUACAGGAAGUUCUGAACUCUGCAGACAGAUCGACAAGCAGAUCUGAAGGACCGAUGCUCAAAACUGGGAGCGAGACUUUACAUACACACACACACACACACACACACAUAUAUAUAUAUAUAUAUAAAUAUAUUAAAAAACAACAACCGAUUACAGAAAAACUCACCUCCUAUGUGGCACACAUCCCCCACUCCCAUUCCCCGUUUCAUCCUGUUGUGCACACAUACACACCUCCACGAAGGGGUUGUCUGCUUCUCGUUGCAGUGAAUAUGAAGUGGUGUUUUUUCCCCCCGGUUGAGUUUGCAUUUCACAUGUUUCAGGGGAGAGGGUGUAAUGUUUUCUUGUUUUUUUUAGUUGCUCAAACCCCAUUUCUAUCCUAAACGUGACCACCCAAAGUUACCUUUCCUUUUCCUGCCUCCCCUAUUCCUUGUCCACCCGCAUAUGCCUAAAAAAUGACACCAGCAAACAAUUAAAAUAAAGAAAUAAAAUUAGUUCUUCAGGUUUUUAAAAAAAGAAAAAAUACACACAGAACAAGGUGGGGAAGGAGUCAUUCAUUUAAGAA